GCAGUGAAUUUUGCCAACAACUUCUACCUCGACGUCGUGCUCAACGUCCACCAUGUUUCGUCCUGGCUUCUCUUGUCUAAGUCGAAGUCUUUCACCAAUUCGCACUGCCCGUUAUUUUCAUCCGUUAGCUGGCCAAUGGACUGGAGAGUCGCCUUCCUCUAACCUCGUUCCCAUUGUCAUCGAGCAGACGGGGAGAGGUGAACGCUCGUACGAUAUCUUUUCGCGCUUGCUACGGGAGAGGGUCAUCAUGCUUUAUGGUCCGAUAAGAGAUACAGAUUCUACGUUGACUGUCGCCCAGCUUCUCUUCUUGGAAGCAGAGGACACUUCGAAACCUAUACACCUCUACAUUAAUUCUCCAGGUGGUAGUGUUACUGCAGGAUUAGCAAUAUAUGACACAAUGCAGUACGUUUCUUCGCCAAUACACACGUACUGCAUUGGACAAGCAGCCAGCAUGGGCUCUCUUUUGCUCUCUGCGGGGGAAAAGGGAAAACGGCAUUGCUUACCGAAUGCCAGCAUCAUGAUCCAUCAGCCUUCCGGUGGCGCCUCUGGCCAAGCAUCUGACAUAGCUAUCCAUGCUAAGGAGAUCCUACGAAUACGUCAAGUUUUGACUGGGAUUUACCAGAAACAUUGUGCGAAGCCGGGGGAAUCAGUGGCCAAGGGCCUCGCUCGCUUCGAACAUGCGCUUGAACGCGACAACUUCAUGACAGCUAAGGAAGCUUUAGACUUUGGGAUUGUAGAUGCAAUACUGGAGAAGAGUCCUAAAUCCGAGGGUGAUAGCCAAUCAUGAAAACUGUAUUCUCCGUUGGACAGUCCAUACUACUCAAUGUUGUCUUGACUGUGCAGGACUCGGAACCGAAUGUUGACGAAUGUUGGAUUAUCAGAUAGCACAUUGCUGAGAGCGCAUCCUCUUCUUCCAGGAACGUCGCUCCCAGGGACCUAUACUGAGUACCAUUGAUUUUCAGACUC